AUGGUUACAGAUGUGGUGACCGAGUUCAUUGAGGGUCUUGUGGAAACUUUUCCUGGAUUGCAGUAUUUGGAUGGCUUUCCAGAGGUUAAGGUUGUCUUGCGUGCUGAUGUUUCGAGUGCAACAUAUGGCAAAGUCGUGGUUGUAUCAGGAGGUGGAAGUGGCCAUGAGCCUGCUCAUGCUGGAUUCCUAGGAGAAGGGAUGCUGACCGCCGCUAUCUGCGGAGAUGUUUUUGCUUCUCCGCCUGUUGAUUCAAUUCUUGCUGGCAUACGAGCUGUGACUGGUCCUAUGGGAUGCCUUCUCAUUGUCAAGAAUUAUACUGGUGAUCGCUUAAAUUUUGGUUUGGCUGCGGAGCAAGCAAAAUCUGAAGGUUACAAAAUAGAGAUGGUAAUUGUAGGUGAUGAUUGUGCCUUACCACCCCCAAGAGGCAUAGCAGGACGGAGAGGUUUGGCUGGGACUAUUCUAGUGCAUAAGGUUGACUCUCUCUCUCUCUCUCUCUCAUGUGAACACAACUGCACAUGGGCACACACAUUUGCUCAUACUGCUUGCUAUGCGCGCAACAUUUUGAAAUCACCUUCAUCUGUUGGUGUCCUUUUUAUUUGA